AUGCUCUGCGCCACUAGCCGCCUCCUAGCGGCCCGGGCGGCGACCGCGCUCCCCUUCCACCCUAGAGUCCGGGGUAGGGAACUACAUUUCCCAGGGCCCCGCUGCCGGGGCAGGGAACUACAUUUCCCAGGGUACCCCGAGACGCCGCUUGGUGACUUAUUGGCGGGGCGGCUCGCAAGACCCAGCGUGCUUGCGGGCCGGAGGGCCAUCCUGAGGAGGGGAAGGAUGCCGCCGGCCGUAGGCGGAGGCCUGGCAGGGUCCGAGCUGCGUCCCCGGAGGGGCCGCUGUGGGUCCCAGGCUGCUAGGGCCGUGGGCCCGGCCGUGGCCACUGAGGCUACAGCGCGGAGCCCCAAACGGCCUGCUCCGAGCUCGCGGCGCUUCGAGGCGCCCGGCCGGUGGGCUCUGCUGGCCCUGGUGACGCUGAUGUCCUUCGCCACCCGCUUCCACCGUCUGGACCAGCCGCCGCACAUCUGUUGGGAUGAAACUCACUUUGGAAAAAUGGGAAGUUACUAUAUCAACCGCACCUUUUUCUUUGAUGUGCACCCGCCUCUGGGAAAGAUGCUGAUAGGUCUUGCUGGCUACCUGAGUGGAUAUGAUGGCACCUUUUUGUUCCAGAAGCCUGGGGACAAAUACGAGCAUCACAGCUACUUGGGAAUGAGAGGAUUCUGUGCGUUCCUUGGCGCUUUGCUGAUCCCCUUUGCCUACUUGACUGUACUGGAGCUGUCCCAGUCCCUCCCGGCAGCGCUGCUCACGGCUGCCCUCCUCACCUUUGACACAGGAUGCCUCACUCUGUCCCAGUACAUCCUCCUUGACCCCAUCUUGAUGUUCUUCAUCAUGGCUGCCAUGCUGAGCAUGGUCAAGUACAACUCCUGUGCCAACAGGCCCUUCUCUGCCCCCUGGUGGCUCUGGCUCAGCCUGACUGGUGUUAAUCUAGCUGGUGCUCUGGGGGUCAAGUUUGUUGGCCUCUUUAUCAUCCUGCAAGUGGGGUGGAACACCCUUUCAGACCUUUGGCACCUGUUUGGAGACCUCAGUCUUUCAAUGGUGACUGUGGGAAAACAUCUGGCCGCUCGCGUCCUGUGCCUCAUAGUGCUGCCGCUGGCUCUCUACACGGCCACCUACGCCGUUCACUUCAUGGUGCUGAAUAAAAGUGGUCCUGGUGAUGGCUUCUUCAGUUCUGCCUUCCAGGCCCGGCUUUCAGGAAACAACCUUCACAAUGCUUCCAUCCCUGAACACCUGGCCUAUGGCUCUGUGAUUACCGUGAAGAGCGCGCGGAUGGCCGUUGGCUACCUCCACUCGCACGGGCACCUCUACCCCGAGGGCAUCGGCGCCCGCCAGCAGCAGGUCACCACCUAUUUGCACAAGGACUACAACAACCUGUGGAUUAUCAAGAAACAUAAUACAAAUUCAGAUCCCCUAGACCCUUCACUCCCUGUGGAGUUUGUAAGACAUGGAGACGUCAUUCGACUAGAACACAAAGAGACUUCUCGGAACUUGCACAGUCACUAUCAUGAGGCCCCCCUGACCCGGAAGCACUAUCAGGUCACAGGCUAUGGCAUAAAUGGGACAGGAGACUCAAAUGACUUCUGGCGGAUUGAGGUUGUAAACAGAAAAUUUGGAAACCGAAUCAAAGUACUGAGAAGUCGAAUUCGCCUCAUCCAUCUGGUGACAGGUUGUGUCCUGGGCUCCUCGGGAAAGGUCCUGCCCAAGUGGGGCUGGGAGCAGUUGGAAGUCACCUGCACUCCAUACCUAAAGGAAACCCUCAACUCCAUCUGGAAUGUGGAAGACCAUAUCAAUCCCAAAUUGCCAAACAUCAGCCUGGACGUGCUGCAGCCCAGUUUUCCUGAGAUAAUGCUGGAGGCCCACAUGGUGAUGAUCCGGGGGAACAAUGGCCUCAAACCCAAAGACAACGAGUUCACGUCCAAACCCUGGCACUGGCCUAUCAACUAUCAGGGCCUGCGCUUCUCAGGGAUCAAUGACACCGACUUCCGAGUGUAUCUGCUCGGCAACCCGGUGGUUUGGUGGCUGAAUCUGCUGAGCAUCGCCCUCUACCUCCUCUCAGGGAGCAUCUUUGCUGUGGCUGUGCAGAGAGGGGCAUGUCUGCCUGCUGAGGUUGAAGGGCUGUCCCAGGUCCUGCUGCAAGGAGGCGGGCAGCUCCUGUUGGGCUGGAUGGUCCAUUACUUCCCGUUCUUCCUGAUGGGCCGGAUCCUCUACUUCCACCACUACUUUCCCGCCGUGCUCUUCUCCAGCAUGCUGACAGGCCUUCUGUGGGACACACUCCUGCGGCUCUGUGCCUGGAGCCUGGCCUCCUUUCCUCUGGCUGGGCACGUACACACGCUGGGGAUCCUGAGCCUGCUCCUGGGAAUUGCCUACAGCUUCUACCUCUUCCAUCCUCUGGCGUAUGGGAUGGUUGGUCCGCUAGCCCAGGACCCCCGAAGUCCGAUGGCCGGACUAAGGUGGCUGGAAUCAUGGGACUUUUGA